UUAUCCGGGGGUAUACUCCUUCAGUAAACAUAAACAAAAGUGUUCUCUGGAUUGAAGUGCCACCCAAUUUCCACGGCACCUAUAUACAUCGUUAUCAAUUUUUUUAAAAAAUCUUCUUUAUUAGUUUAAAUUAAUAAUUCUCUUGCGUUGUCCCCAGAGAUGUAAGAAUAAAAGCUUCUUUUCUUUUCUGUUGUUGGUUGGAGAGAAUUACAUAAAAGUUUUGGCAGAUUCUCUGAUCAGAGAUUGGGUUCUAGUUAUGAGGUGGGUCAGAUCUCUCUCUCUCUCAACUUACCCAAGCUUCUGUGGCGGAUAAUCCAAACCUGGAAAAAAUAUUUGGAGCUAUAGAGAUUUGUGAUCUCUGUUAUCUGAUCUUUCUACAGUGGAAGCUACUGGGAUGGAAGAAGAUUGCAAGUUGCGAAACUGGGAUGAGCUUAUCCCUGACGCUCUUGGCUUAAUCUUUAGCCACUUACCUCUUCAAGAGGUCCUAACAGUUGUGCCUAGGGUUUGCAAAGCAUGGAACAGAGCUGUAACUGGACCUUAUUGCUGGCAAGAGAUAGACAUUGAGCUGUGGAGUAACCGUUGCCACCAGUCCGAUCAUCUCGAUCGAAUGCUUCAGAUGUUGAUCAAUAGAAGCUCUGGCUCUUUGCGGAAACUCUCUGUCACUGGCCUUCAAAAUGACUCUAUCUUCUCCUUCAUUGCACAACAUGCUGGUUCACUUAAGACCUUGAAGGUGCCGAGAAGCUGUCUGAGCAAUCCAGGGGUUGUAAACGUGGCCGAAAAGCUUUCAUCUCUCACUUUCUUGGACUUGAGCUAUUGCUGCAAAGUAGGCCCAGAGGCGAUACAAGCCAUAGGCAAACACUGUAAAUCCCUCACAGAGUUCUCCAGAAACAUGCAUCCUUUGGACGUAGCGAGUGUCGUCUCUCACGACGAUGAAGCUUAUGCGAUUGCCAGCACAAUGCCGAAGCUGAAGCGGUUAGAAAUUGCGUACCACCGAGUCAGCACAGAAGGAGUGCUCAAAAUCUUAUCCUCUUGCAUUUUUCUUGAGUUCUUGGAACUUAGAGGCUGUUGGGACGUGCAACUCGACAACAAGUUCUUCAAAGAGAAAUUUCCAGAUAUGAAGGUGUUGGGUCCACGCGUGAUUGGAUUCUAUGAUAUGAUAAACGAUUGGGAGGAUUGCUGUUCGGAUUAUUUCUCAGAUGGAUCUGAUUACUUGGCAUGGGAGUUUCUUGAGGAUGGUGAAAUGGGAGAGUUUUAUGAUGAUGAGUUUGAGCAUGGUUGGGACGAUAACUUUUAUGCGGAUAGAUUUAAUAUCGACUUGGAACCGCAUAUUUGGCCGCCAUCUCCAUGAACCUGGUCUUGUUAUGGUCGAAGCUCUCUACCCAAAAGUUGCUUCUACCAUUGGUUUUAGCCUCAUAUGCGUCUUUGCUCUCUGUAUGGUGCAAUCUUUAACCGGGCUGGUUCUUGGCUUUUAUGUUUCUCUUUUACUUAGUGACUAGAUAAUAGUCUACGGGUGCGAAAGUGGCUUGGGUAGAUAUCUGUAAGUUGAGAAGUGAAGGAGGUCUGGAAAUACGUAAUCUUAAGGAGGUUAAUCUGGUGUAUGGUUUGAAAUUAAUCUGGAGAAUGAUCUCAGAGGAUUCGCUUUGGGGUCGAUGGAUAAAAGAUAAUCUUUUGAAAGGGAAAAGCUUCUGGCAAGUGAAAGGAAAUUCUCAGAAUGGUUCUUGGAUGUGGAGGAAAAUGCUCAAAUUAAGGGAGUUGGCAAAGACUUUUCACAGGAAAGAUGUAGGGAAUGGAAGGCAUAUCUCAUACUGGUAUGAUCACUGGUCGAGUCAUGGAGUCUUAAUUGAUAGACUGGGUGAUAGAGGCAUAAUUGAUAUGGGAAUUAGAAGAGAGGCUACAUUGGAGGAAGCUGCAGUUACUACUCGUCGAAGGAGAAGGCAUAGAAGUGUGGAGUUGAAUGAUAUGGAGGUGGAGCUUGAGAAUAUAAAAGGAAAAAUUAGUAGUAAUAAGAAGGAUGUGUCUCUUUGGAGAAGGAAGUCUGGGUUCAAACCGAAGUUCUCUACCCAGGAGACGUGGUUACUAACACGUGAAUCCAAACCUGUUUGUGCUUGGGCUAAAGGUAUUUGGUUCUCACAUGCCAAUCAAAAAUUUGCUUUUAUGAGCUGGCUUGCAAUUCUGGAUAGAUUAUCUACUCUGGACAGAGUCUCAAAAUGGAGUCAAGGGAUUGAUACAACGUGUGUUCUGUGUAAAGGAGCUGCAGAAACUAGAAAUCAUUUGUUCUAUGAGUGUUCAUUCACAGAACAAAUUUGGGAACAUCUCACCAAAGGUAUCUUGGGGAUCUCUUACACAAGAGUCUGGUCUGAGAUUGUCGCAUUGAUUUCAGAGGGUUCUCGAGAGAAGAAUAGUUUGUUCUGUAUUCGCUAUGCUUUGCAGGCUAGUAUUCAUACUAUAUGGAGGGAAAGAAAUAGGAUCAGACAUGGUGAGAAGCCACUACCAUUAUCGAAGUUGAAGAAGUUUAUUGACAAAGGAGUGCGCAACAAGCUAAGUCUGAUGAGAUCUAAAGGAGUAAAGGGAAGAGAAACAAUUCUUCAGUUUUGGUUUGAAACUAGAAUGUAAAUAACAAUAGAAAGGAUGGUGUAGUUUGUGUUAUAGCAACUUAAGUUGUAACAAGGUUUUUUUUUAUGAAUAAAAUUUAGCAUUCAUUCAAAAAAAAAAAAAA